UGCGUGAAUUUCAUACCAAACCCAUACUUCGCAUUCCACCUUUACUGUCAAACCCGGAGAAAUAUAUGACUGAAAACAAUAGCACCAAGAUAAAUAUAACUUUAAAGAAAUAAACAUCGUCCUUUCCUAUCGGUAGAGGGGUUUCCCAAUAAAGAGAAUUGACGAGAAAGAAGCGAGAGUCGUGUUUGGAGAGAUCGAUCACUCCUUUCUUUAUACGUUAAAAGUAAUUGCAUAGUGUUGGGGCUCGUGGCAGGGCCCGGUAGGAGCCGACACCAUUGCGUCCAACAAGUGGAGUGCAAACGGCAGCCCGGAGCAGGGGCUGGAGGAUGGGAGUGAUGAGCUGGACAAGGCAAUGGACGGAGACGCCGAGGGCGUAUGGAGCCCAGACAUUGAACAGAGCUUUCAGGAGGCGCUGGCGAUCUACCCGCCCUGUGGUCGGCGCAAAAUCAUCCUCUCGGACGAGGGAAAGAUGUAUGGUCGCAAUGAGCUUAUUGCCAGAUACAUCAAGCUGAGGACAGGCAAAACCCGCACAAGAAAACAGGUAUCUAGUCACAUACAGGUGUUAGCACGGAAGAAAGUUCGAGAGUAUCAAGCAGGUAUAAAGGUUUCUAGCCAUUUGCAGGUUCUUGCCCGGAGAAAAUCUCGCGACAUACAGUCAAAGCUGAAGGAUCAAGCAUCCAAAGACAAGGCUCUCCAGAACAUGGCGGCGCUCUCUUCGGCUCAGAUCGUGUCUCCGCGUCUCAUGAAGACGCCGCCUCUUCCAACUCUGCCGCAGUCCCCUUACCCCCCUAGUGCACGGUUCUGGCCGACCCCCAUCCUAGGUCAACCUGGACCCUCUCAGGAGUGGCACAAGUGCUUAAGAGAACAUCUGACAAACAUCAAGCCAUUUGCACAAGCCCAUUACCCAAACCUGUCAGGACCUGUUCAGCCCCCUUUACCAUCGCCCCCUUGUGUUCGUCCUCAUCCAGCAUAUGAGCCUCUGGCGCCUCCUCUCCCCCCGGCUGCCACCGCAGUGCCCGUGUGGCAGGAUCGCACCAUUGCCUCCUCAAAACUGCGUUUGCUGGAGUACUCCGCCUUCAUGGAGGUCCCACAGGAUCAGGACUCUUACAGCAAGCAUCUGUUUGUUCACAUUGGCCAGACGAACCCAUCCUAUAGCGAUCCUCUCCUGGAGGCCGUGGACAUCAGACAGAUUUACGACAAGUUUCCUGAGAAGAAGGGAGGACUCAAGGAUCUGUAUGAGAAAGGCCCUCAAAACGCUUUCUUCCUGGUCAAAUUCUGGGCGGAUCUUAAUAAUGGUGGCAUUCAGGAUGGACCGGGCUCUUUCUACGGAGUCAGCAGCCAAUAUAGCAGCUCAGAGAACAUGACCAUCACAGUCUCAACCAAAGUCUGCUCCUUCGGCAAGCAGGUGGUCGAGAAAGUGGAGACUGAGUACGCUCGUGUGGAGGGCGGGAAGUGUUUGUAUCGCAUCCAUCGUUCUCCUAUGUGUGAAUAUAUGAUCAACUUCAUCCAUAAGCUCAAGCUCCUGCCUGAGAAAUACAUGAUGAACAGCGUAUUAGAAAACUUCACCAUCUUACAGGUGGUGACCAACAGGGAAACCCAGGAGACUCUACUGUGUAUAGCGUUUGUAUUUGAAGUGUCGACAAGCGAACACGGGGCACAAUACCACGUCUAUAGGCUCAUUAAGGACUAGGGUCUCUACAAGCAGUUCUGUCAACAGACUUCCAUUGCUUUGCACAGUCCCUCCGACAAACAUAUGGAGGAAGAUGCCAAAUUGCCCAAACAUUGGAGGAAUACGCCAAAAUGUUACAAACAACCAAAUUUUUCGCUUCUGUUCUGAUCCUGGUGCGGAGAGUCUUUGAGGACGUAAAAAAUAUAUAGAUUUACUCUGUAAAAAAAAUAAUAUUUUUUUGUAUUUGUUUUUAAAUGCCUUCAAUACAAAAUGGGUCACGUAAUAAUGCCUUUUAAACUGUUUCGUCUCCAUUGGGGGAAUGGGAAUGUGUUGAUGGAAAUGAAUGUCUUUGAAUCGUGGAAGACGACAUGUGCUAUCUAUAACCAGAGCAGUACAUACAGAAUUUACAGUGAUAUCCAAGGGUGAAUCUCAUGAAGAACUGUCCAGAUCAUACCCCCAUAAAAUUAAGCCUAUUUUAAGAUAAUUACGUUGUUUUUUUAUUUGUUUUUGCAAUUUUAAACAUUUACAGGACAAUUAAUCACAUUUUGCAAAUAUAAUGCAAAAAAAUAAUGUUCUAUUUACUGUUAUACAGUCAUUACUUUUCUGGACAUAUUAUAAAUAAACAAUGUAUCAAUUAAAAUCAGUUAAAUUCACUAUAACAAAAACUACUAUGAUGUACAAGUACUUUAAAAUAAUAAUAAUAAAUGAACACUAUUUUUCCCAUUACGGAAAUUAAAAUGUUUUUUUGGUGACUAGAUAUGAUAUGGACAUUUUCUUGUCAGUUUUCAUGAGAUUCUUUCAUUUAUAAACCAGAACUAGAUCUCCUAAUGGAAGAUUGAUGUCAGCUGUUAUAAAGGACAGAUACACAAAACAUUCUGCAGUUCAAUUCUCAGAUUAGAAAUAAAACAACCUUUCCUGUCCUUUGAACAACAAACGAGGUGUAGGAAACCAUUUUGUAGGUACGAAGAGAUUUUGAGAAGUUGCCCCAAAUGCGAGUGCCUUCUCUCUCUCUCUCUCUCUCUCUCUCUCUC